AAAAACAAUCCGCCCGUGCGUCCAUCUUGAAUACAGUAAGCCAACGGUGACUGACAGCAACGGAGAGGGAAAUUGCCAUAAAUUGAGUUCAGACCGCCCUUUAAAGUCAAGCGACCGCGACAAACCGGCCAUUACAGACCGAAGGAUUACAUUUAGCGACGUUAUCGAUCAAUUCUGUGUAAUUUUUGGCGUCAUAUUUCCGAAGGGGCUGAUGAAGUUAUUUCGGAGGUUGUUCGUGCUUAGCUUUAUACAACUGUCGACAUUUGUUAGUUUUAAAGGACUGUUCGUUUGAACUACCUACCCUGGUUAUUCCUGAGACGUUUUUGAUGUUGUUCAUUGCAGCUUCGAGGCAAUACAAUCCGACGGGAAUGUGGAUGUAGCACGUUUGGCCACAUUUAAGUCCUUCACUGUCAACUUAAGCUUGCGCGGAGCUCGUGCGUGCGCCGAAUCGUGCGCGUGACCCCGUUUAUUUCACUUUAUUUAUGAUCUGCCGUUGUACGUUGUUAAUAUAUACACCGCAUAUAUAUUAAAUCAAGUAAUAGUUAUGUGUAAACGGCGUUUGGGGUGUGUUGAAUUCAAUUUUAGAUCCGUAAAUGUGGAAGCAUUUCUUAGUCUGCCUUAGACUUGGAUGAUUUGGAGGCAUUGCUCUGAUUGAAAUAUUUGGUCCGUUGCAUAAAUAACAAUACAUCUAUCUAUACAUUUUAUGGCAGGUUUCAUGCAUAUGCUGGCCAGUCGUGUUGAUCAUUGGGGAUGGGAGCUGGCCCACUUACUGAAAGAGCUUAUUGAACGGUCUCGUGUAUUCUGAGCGCGCGAUCGCGCAACAUUUUAUAGAUACAGUAUUCUUACGCAUUGCCAUUCACUCGUUAUUGAUAUGGGCUUUAAGGCGGACUGCGUGGAUAGUCAAAAAUCAUAUAUCUAAAACAAACUAUCACCAGUGGACACUUUGAUGCUGUUUUUCCAAUCACUGAAGCUGAGGACUAUAAACUGGCCUUGGAUUUGUGCAUUGGCAUAUAUCUCUGAAUCUUUGACAUGGAUGUGUUUCACUGACUGUCGAUCAAUAGUGUUUUGAAGAAAACGUUAAUGCAAAGACUCUUGGAUUUUGUGGCAAACGGCAGUAGAUUGAAAAAAUGGGACCUGCAACAAAGCUGGCAUUUGGAGUGUUCCUCAUCUCUUGCUCCUCAGGUGCCAUUCUCGGCCGCUCAGAAACACAAGAGUGUGUGUUCUACAACUACAACCCCAGCCUGGAGAACCGAGGGAACCGGAGCAGCAUUGAGUCAUGUGUAGGAGAGAAAGACAAGAGACUUCAUUGCUUCGCAACUUGGAGAAAUGUGUCAGGAUCGGUUGAAAUAGUAAAGCAAGGCUGCUGGCUUGAUGAUGUCAACUGCUAUGACAGCACCGAGUGUGUGGAGAAGAAGGAGGAACCAGACGUGUUUUUCUGCUGCUGUGAAGGCAACAUGUGCAACGAGAAGUUCUUCUACAACCCCAACCCGCCAGUUUCGUGUAAGGAUCCCGGCAUCGACACAAACAGCAAAGUCUUUAAGGCGACAUCUAACCCCUUUACCCAGAAGCCUCCACUGUUCAGCACCCUCCUCUACUCUAUUGUACCCAUCAUGGCCAUUGCUGCCAUCGUUCUUCUCUCCUUCUGGAUGUAUCGACAUCACAAGCUGGCAUAUCCACCUGUUCUGGUUCCCACACAGCACGCCUUUCAUAUAAUGAUAGAGGACCCUGGACCCAUGCCACCGUCUCCCACCUUGGUCCAGAAGCCACUGCAGUUGUUGGAAAUCAAAGCUAGGGGGCGAUUUGGCUGUGUGUGGAAGGCUCAGCUGCUCAGUGACUAUGUGGCAGUGAAGAUCUUUCCUAUUCAGGACAAACUGUCUUGGCAGAAUGAGUAUGACAUUUACAAUCUUCCCGGGAUGAGGCAUGAGAACGUUUUGCAUUUCAUCGGGGCCGAGAAGAGAGGAAACAACCUGGACCUUGAGCUGUGGCUCAUCACCGCUUACCACGAGAAGGGCUCUCUGACAGACUACCUGAAGGCAAAUGUAGUAACAUGGAAUGAACUGUGUCACAUUGCUCAAACCAUGGCCCGAGGUCUGGCUUACCUGCACGCUGACAUCCCAGGACACAGAGACGGACAUAAGGCGGCCAUUGCACACAGGGAUAUUAAAAGCAAGAAUGUGCUGCUAAAGACAAACUUGACAGCCUGUAUAGCUGACUUUGGUCUGGCUCUGAGGUUCGAGGCAGGGAAGUCAGCAGGGGACACGCAUGGUCAGGUAGGAACCAGGCGUUACAUGGCCCCAGAGGUGCUCGAAGGGGCCAUCAACUUUCAGCGAGAUGCUUUCCUCAGGAUAGACAUGUAUGCAGUGGGACUGGUGCUAUGGGAGCUGGCGGCCCGCUGCACUGCGUCUGAUGGUCCGGUUGACGAGUACAUGCUGCCUUUUGAGGAAGAGGUGGGCCAGCAUCCCACACUAGAGGACAUGCAGGAGGUGGUGGUUCACAAAAAGCUUCGGCCCACCCUCAGGGAGUGCUGGCAGAAACAUCCGGGUCUGGCCAUGCUGUGCGAGACCAUAGAGGAGUGUUGGGACCACGAGGCAGAGGCGCGUCUCUCUGCAGGUUGCGUCGAGGAGCGUGUGGUCCAGAUGCAGCGGCAGACCAGCGUCUCCGCUCCGGAGGAAAUAGUCACUGUUGUAACCAUGGUGACCAAUGUGGACUAUCCCCCUAAGGAGUCCAGUCUAUGACUAGAGGAAUUCAGCAUGUGAAUUGCGGGCUGACCGAACAGAAAAGACACGUCUGGGAUUUUUGACAGGCUAGCUUCAAGACAUGCUGGGUGAUUGUCCUUUACUUACAGCUGGAGCGGCGAUGAAUUCUGCGUCGAAUCCGGGUUCAACACAGAUUUGCUUGGAGCCAGCUGUGUUCAUGUAUGUGUGUGU